ACAUUAUUCGAUAUUCAGAAACUGUUCGACGUUCAUAAGCUCAACAUCCAAAAAAUUUCAAGUGCCACAGUUCAGUUAAUAUACAUUUAAAAAUAUUUAAAAAAAAAACAUCUAGACGAAAAUUGUUAAGUUAUUUUUUUUUUCUUUUGGAACAAAUUAUAAAAAUUCAAAAGCGACAAAAAUGGCCAGUUCCAAUGUAUCCGACUGGGAUGAGCCGUUGCCGACAUCCACCACGGAGGAGGCCGAAGAGGAGGAAGAUCCCGAUUAUUGCAGUCCAGAGAAUCGUAAGCGGAGGAGGGAGGAGAACAUGGCCAAGCUGCAAUCAUACGUAAACCGCAUGGCCUAUCAGCCGGCCAUGCCGCCCAAGGCCAAGCCGUAUGAUGUGUCCCUGGCCAAGCCCAAGCUGCAUACUCUCAUGGACAACUACAAGCAAUUCAAGAAUGUCUACGAUCCCAAGUUGCGGGCAAAGCGGAUCAAGCGAAUGUUGGGCAAAUACAAUGCCAUUACCACCGAACAGCUCGAGCAGAUCCUAAAGAGCAACAAGAACAAGGAGCGGCGCAAAGAGGAUUUUCUUAAACGCAAACAGGAGCUCUACUACGAUAUGCUGACUAAACUGGAGCGUCAGUGCCGCACCCAGUACUUAAAUGUGCUGAUCAAGAAAUUUGCAAAAUUCAUUGCCCAUUUGGCAACCACAAUGCGGAUUCCCCCCCAACUGGUGGAUCCCUAUGCCCGCAUGCAGCGUGGCAUAUUCUGUAAUAUACUGCUGGCCAUUGGAGUCCAGCCGACAUCGCAAUCUGCCAUCUAUUAUACCAGCCAGGAUGCCAUCGAGUAUGAUGUGUGCCAUCGAUUGGCUCACGCCUUGCUCAGUUUGAUCAUUAAGGCCUUGGAUUCGGCUGCCACGCGUGAUCCGAAUGAUUUGGUUAAGCCCGCCGACAUGGACUUUGAGAUGGAUAACUAUAUCAAGGAUCGCCUAAUGUGCGCAGCCGAGAAGAAAAUGAUGAACGAGCGACGACGCAAAAGACAGUCAACCACAUCGACCAUCAAUUUCGGGGCAUUCGAGAAGUGUUCGCGCCAGGAAUGCGAUUAGUCUCCCCCUCAUUUGGGCGCUUUAGUUAAUGUUUAGUUUAAUUUUGGUAUACAUGUGUAUGAAUGUGUUUGUCUUAUCAUUCCCCUCCCCCUCCACAUUUGAGUGUUAGUCUUCCCAACGGAAUAAAACUAUUAUCAUAACUCUUUA